AUGAAUAUGAGCAAUUACAAGCUUCAACCCCUCGCCACGUUUCUUCUUGGCGCAGCCACUGCGAUAGCCAUCAUUUUGUUUUUCCUAUCACCACAGCAACCUCCAAUUCCUAACACCAUUAUUAGAGAAGCGAAUGGGGAUAAGAUUAAUAUGGCUCCAAAUGCAUAUGAGGAUGUUAACCAAACAAGUAUGUCACAUAGUACUAACCAGGAAGCAACUUCCCAAGAGUUGUUACAAAUUCUAAGAAGAGCAGCUAUGGAUGAUAAUACGGUCAUAAUGACGGUAAUUAAUGAAGCAUGGUCGGCGCCAGGCUCCCUCCUCGACGCCUUCCUGGAGAGCUUCCGCAUCGGCGAGCACAUUGAGCGUCUCCUGAAACAUUUGAUCUUUGUCGCGAUGGAUCGAAAAGCCUAUGAUAGAUGCAGGUCCUUCCACAAUCUAUGCUUCUUUCUAAAGGUUGAAGGGGUUAACUUUACAAGUGACAAGGUUUACAUGAGCAAAGAUUACCUUAAGAUGAUGUGGAGCAGGAAUAAGCUCCAGGGAAGGAUUCUAGAGAUGGGAUACAACUUCCUUUUUACGGAUGUCGACAUCGUGUGGUUUCGAAAUCCCUUGCGACACAUCUCUGUAGCUGCCCACAUAACGUUCGCGAGCGACGACUUCUACGGAAACCCCGACGAUUUAGCAAACAUCGCGAAUGGCGGAUUCCUCUACGCAAAGUCGACUAAAAACACAAUCGAAUUCUUCAAGAAUUGGUACUCGGCCAGAGAGAGGUACCCUGGUGAGCAUGACCAAUACGUCUUCAACCAGAUCAAGUACGAGUUUUCGUCUCGGUUUCGAGUCACGAUUCGAUUUCUUGAUGCGGUUUAUUGCGAUGGACUUUGUCAUCCUCGAAAGCACUUCGACAAGAUUUGCACGUUCCACGUCACGUGCCGCGCCGGCCUUGCGAGUAAGCUUUGUGAACUGAGAAAUGUUAUUGAGGAGUGGAAGAGGUACAAAGGUGAUCAACCACAUGAAACACCAAACAAUAUUGGACACAAAGCUUAAGAUUAAUGUAUCAACAAAAGGCAUGGGCAUAGAAUAUUUAUGUACUUUUAGGGACUUCCAUGCUUUCGUUGGUGAGGUAUUUCGUAGAUUCUAUUAUAAGGUACGUAGAUAUAUAGUGUAGCUUGGUUAAUUAUACAUGCAUCUGCAUAUAGAUGAGCUCAAUCCUAAAUCAAUUGAUGUAAAACUACUUGAUUUUGUUUAUUUAUGCGCCAUUGUAUUCUUUUUCUUUU